CGGACAGUGACGUCGCCAGUGAGUCAGUGAGUCAGCUUUGAAAUGAUGAGGCUGCUGUAUGUUCUGCUCUCCGUAGCAGUUGCUUGCCACUUGGGUGAUUCCACUUUGUCGAAGAGUGACUCAAAGAAAUCAUCUGCAAAGGCUCUGGAGACAAAGACACACCUUUCUGAUGUCCCUGUCCAGGCCCGAGGAUUAGUCAGCACUGAUGUUAAGGCCAAAGACAUAGUGCUUGAUCACCAGAGUUACUGCACCAAAAAUGUAAAGGAGCGUCAUGUCGCUGGUGAUGUACUGGGAUAUGUAACGCCUUGGAAUGGUCAUGGAUAUGAUAUUGCAAAAAUAUUUGCAUCCAAAUUGACCCUCAUUUCACCAGUAUGGCUGCAAAUUAGAAGAAAGGGCAAACAGUCCUACCAGAUGACUGGACUGCAAGACGUAGACCAAGGGUGGAUAAAAGACAUAAAGAAAAAUUCAAAGACCACAAAAAUUGUUCCACGAGUCUUAUUUGAUGGAUGGACUUACCAGGACUUCGAGAGUGUGUUUAACAGUGAAGAUGAGAUUGAAGAUCUUGCAGAAACCAUGGUGCACGCUGCAAAGGAUGAACAGUUUGAUGGCUUUGUGAUAGAGGUGUGGAGCCAGCUAAGUGGCCAGAAGCGACAGGAACUGGUCCAUAUGCUAACACAUGUGGGGCAAGCUCUACAGCAAGCUAAGCUUCAGUUCAUCCUUGUGAUUCCUCCUGCAGUGGCACCUGGCACUGACCAGCUGGGCAUGUUUGGGAAAAAGGAGUUUGAUCUGUUGGCUCCAUAUGUGGACAGCUUCAGCCUAAUGACCUAUGACUACUCAAAUCCAAACAGGCCAGGACCAAAUUCCCCCAUUUCCUGGGUACAGGCUUGUGUCCAGAUUUUGGACCCUGACUCCAAAUGGAGAAAGAAGAUCCUGCUUGGAUUGCAUUUUUAUGGAAUGGAUUACUCCGCACUUGGGGCAUCUGGUGAGCCGAUCCUGGGCAGCAGGUACAUUGAAAUAUUGAAGGAACAUAAGCCCAAGCUACUGUGGGACCAGCACAUUGCUGAGCAUUACCUGGAAUAUAAAAAGAAUAAAGGAGGAAAACAUGCAGUGUUUUACCCAACCCUGAAGUCAAUACAGGUGCGGCUGGACCUUGCACAGGAGCUAGGAACUGGAAUAUCCAUUUGGGAGCUGGGACAAGGCCUAGACUAUUUCUAUGACCUAUUAUGAUAACGCUAUGGAUGGACUAAGGCCCACUUUAAUAAAAGCAACAUCUUCCAACAGACUUCUAAAGCAGUACUGGUCAGCAGGUAGCCACAGAAGAUGGAAAUGUAUUAAUUUAGCAAUAUAUUGCUUUUUCAGUCCAGUUGCUCUAAGGGACCUCCAAGCAUACAGCAGCAUGGGAUUUUGAUUGUACUUUUACUUUUUUUUUUCACCCUAUCCACUAAGAUUUACUUUAGUUUCACUGAAAUAAUCUGGUUGAGUAAAUGU